GGGUUGAAUUCACAAUGAGCGCUGUUCAGAUCUAGGAAUACCUGAAGAAACUACAUAAUUUUUCAAAUAUUAGGAAUUUAGCAAAUAUGCUGUGUGGUGAAAUCUGCCUUCCACGAAGUUCUUCUUUUUCUUUUAAUUCUUGGGUAGAAAAUUGUCACAGUGUCUCAGGGAAACUGUAACCUACAGGAUUGCUUUUUACAAAUGUAACAACUGAGAACAAUGGACAGAUGAUACCAAUUAAACUGCAUUUGGCAGCUGACUAUCAGAGCAACAAGCAACUGCGUAAACAGUGUCAAGCUGCAAGGAUUUUUAUUCCUGUAGCCGCUGGGAAUUAUGUACAGUGCCUCACUUAUCAGAGUGACUACAGUUAAUACAUAGAUCACUUUAGGAUUUAUAAUCAUGUCUGUUAGUGCAACUGAGAGUGAAAUUCCAAGGUUUUUUGUGGGUGGUGAAGAUGUCGAUGAGCUUUUGGACCGAACAAGAUCUGAAGAAUUUCAUGCCUUUUAUGAUCAUGAAGAUGAAGAUGAGGAGUAUGAUUCUCCACCAGAAAGACAGAUUAUGGUUGGAAUAUGUUCUAUGGCGAAGAAAUCCAAAUCAAAACCAAUGAAUGAAAUCCUUGAACGACUUUCCAUGUAUAAGUAUAUCACAGUAGUAAUAUUUGACGAGGAUGUCAUUUUGAAUGAACCUGUUGAAAACUGGCCUUUAUGUGACUGUCUCAUUUCUUUUCAUUCUAAAGGGUUUCCAUUGGACAAAGCAGUUGCCUACUCAAAACUCAGGAAUCCAUUUCUUAUUAAUGAUUUGAAUAUGCAGUAUCACAUACAAGACAGGAGAGAGGUUUAUAGCAUUCUUGAAGCUGAAGGUAUUUUACUUCCCCGUUAUGCAGUACUAAACCGUGAUCCAAACAAUCCCCAAGAAUGCAACUUGAUAGAAGGAGAGGAUCAUGUAGAGGUGAAUGGAGAAAUUUUCCAAAAACCAUUUGUGGAAAAGCCUGUUAGUGCUGAGGACCACAAUGUGUAUAUUUAUUAUCCAACCUCUGCUGGUGGAGGAAGUCAGAGGCUGUUUCGGAAGAUUGGGAGCAGAAGCAGUGUUUAUUCCCCUGAAAGCAAUGUGAGGAAAACAGGUUCAUACAUUUAUGAGGAAUUCAUGCCUACAGAUGGUACUGAUGUGAAGGUCUAUACUGUAGGUCCAGAUUACGCACAUGCAGAAGCUCGUAAAUCCCCUGCUCUUGAUGGAAAAGUGGAGAGGGAUAGUGAAGGAAAAGAAGUCAGAUAUCCAGUGAUUCUUAAUGCAAGGGAGAAACUGAUAGCUUGGAAAGUAUGCCUCGCUUUUAAGCAAACAGUCUGUGGUUUUGAUCUGUUACGUGCAAAUGGACAAUCCUAUGUUUGUGAUGUCAAUGGGUUUAGCUUUGUGAAGAACUCUAUGAAAUACUACGACGACUGUGCUAAAAUCCUUGGAAAUAUCGUAAUGCGAGAACUAGCUCCACAAUUUCAGAUCCCAUGGUCAAUACCUUUAGAAGCAGAAGAUAUUCCUAUUGUGCCAACCACAUCUGGGACAAUGAUGGAACUUAGAUGUGUCAUUGCUGUUAUUCGGCAUGGAGAUCGGACACCAAAACAAAAAAUGAAAAUGGAAGUUAAGCAUCAAAGGUUUUUUGAUCUUUUUGAAAAAUGCAGUGGUUAUAAGUCUGGGAAAUUAAAAUUGAAAAAGCCAAAGCAAUUACAGGAAGUACUUGAUAUUGCAAGACAGCUCUUAAUAGAGCUUGGACAAAACAAUGACUCUGAAAUUGAAGAAAAUAAAUCUAAGCUUGAACAGCUGAAGACAGUGCUGGAGAUGUAUGGCCAUUUUUCUGGCAUAAAUCGUAAAGUUCAGCUAACAUAUCUUCCUCAUGGUUGUCCGAAAACAUCUAGUGAAGAAGAAGAUAACCACAAACAAGAGCCAUCUCUGCUGUUAGUUCUAAAAUGGGGAGGAGAACUGACACCUGCAGGUAGAGUUCAGGCAGAGGAACUAGGAAGAGCUUUUCGGUGCAUGUAUCCAGGAGGUCAAGGAGACUAUGCUGGAUUUCCUGGUUGUGGUCUACUUAGAUUGCAUAGUACUUAUCGGCAUGAUCUCAAAAUAUACGCUUCUGAUGAAGGAAGAGUUCAAAUGACUGCAGCAGCUUUUGCAAAGGGAUUACUUGCUUUGGAAGGAGAGCUUACACCUAUCCUUGUCCAGAUGGUCAAAAGUGCUAAUAUGAAUGGUCUACUUGACAGUGAUAGUGACUCUCUUAGUAGCUGCCAACAUCGUGUGAAAGCGCGUCUUAAUGAAAUACUCCAGAGAGAUAGAGACUUUACCUCUGAAGACUAUGAAAAGCUUACACCAUCUGGCAGCAUUUCUCUAAUAAAAUCAAUGCAAAUAAUAAAAAAUCCUAUUAAGACAUGUGACAAGGUAUAUUCUUUGAUCCAGAGUUUGACAUCUCAGAUCAGACAAAGGAUGGAAGAUCCUAAGUUUGCAGAUAUUCAACUUUACCACAGUGAAACAUUGGAACUAAUGCUACGUAGAUGGGCCAAACUUGAAAAGGACUUUAAAACAAAGAAUGGAAGAUAUGACAUUAGCAAAAUUCCAGAUAUCUAUGAUUGUAUAAAAUAUGAUGUCCAGCAUAAUAUCUCUUUAAAAUUAGAAAAUACAAUGGAACUAUACAGACUGUCAAAAGCAUUGGCUGAUAUUGUGAUACCACAGGAAUAUGGUAUUACUGAAGCUGAAAAACUUGAGAUUGCUAAAGGUUACUGCAAUCCGCUCUUGAGGAAAAUCCGGUCUGAUCUUCAGAGAACACAAGAUGAUGAUACUGUUAAUAAGCUUCAUCCUUUAUAUUCUAGUGGAGUUAUGUCUCCUGAACGUCAUGUCCGAACCCGCCUGUAUUUCACCAGUGAGAGUCAUGUCCAUUCCUUGCUAUCAACUCUUCGCUAUGGUUCCUUAUGUGAUGCUUCAAAAGAUGAACAAUGGAAACGAGCUAUGGAUUAUCUCAAUGUUGUUAGUGAACUCAAUUACAUGACCCAGAUUGUUAUCAUGCUGUAUGAGGAUCCAAACAAGGAGCCUUCUUCAGAGGAACGUUUUCAUGUGGAAUUACACUUUAGUCCUGGAGCUAAAGGUUGUGAAGAAGAUAAAAAUUUACCCUCAGGUUUUGGAUAUAGACCUGCUUCACGGGAGAAUGAUGGCUCAAAGAAAACCUCCAAUAGAAAUGACAGUGAUGAAGAAUUGCAUGCCUACAAAAGGGAUGAAACGGAUCGAGCCAUAAUGAUGUUCAAGCCAAUGGUUUCAGAUCCAAUUCAUAUACAUAGAAAGUCACCACUUCCAAGACCCAGGAAAAUCGGUUCAGUGGAAGAAGAGAGCCCCCUGAGUGUGUCUAGCCCAGAGUGUAUUGGUACCUGGCUGCAUUACACCAGUGGUGUGGGUACUGGGCGUCGAAGACGCAGAUCAGGGGAACAAAUCACUUCUUCCCCUGUCUCCCCUAAAUCAUUGGCUUUCACAUCCAGUAUUUUUGGCUCAUGGCAACAGGUCCCACCAGAGAACAACAGUUACUUCCGACCACCAAGAACUAUUGUAGAACAAAAGACAAGCGGCAUAGGGUCUCACUGUGCGAGCCUGUUUAGCACCUCAGUGCUCGGGGGUUCUUCAAGUGCACCUAACCUACAGGAUUAUGCUCGUACUCAUCGUAAAAAACUGACUUCUUCUGGCUGCAUAGAUGACACCACACGUGGUUCUGCUGUUAAAAGGUUUUCUAUCUCAUUUGCUCGACACCCAACCAAUGACCAUCCAGACCUCUUUAGGUGCUGGUCCGUUUCCUCUGAGGAAUUUCUAGGCUCCAGUGGCUUUGAAUUGUAUUCCAUGGUUCCUUCAAUUUGUCCUCUAGAAACCCUCCAUAACUCCUUGUCAUUAAAGCAGGUGGAUGAAUUUCUGGCCUCCAUUACUGCCUCUUCAUCAUAUGAAAAUCUCCAACGGACAUGUGCAAUUUCUCCUCGUUCUCCAUCACUUUUGGAUGCCAUGUCAUCAAGAAAGCAAUCUUUAAACACAUACACCCCUGCUAAAAUCCAGCCAACACCAAUGGAAGACUUUUUGUGUCGCCGAACUGUAGAAAAAAGUCCUUCGGAUUGCAGUGGUCCUUCAACGUCUGAUGUCUGAUUCAUCAUAAAAAGCCAAAAUAAUGAUUGAAAAAUAUUAGUGAAACAUUUGUGGCUGAACUCUUUCUUGGAUGAAAUGAAACAAUUCAAACACACUGGAAGGAGCUGCCGUUGCCAUCUUUUGCGAUGUACAUUUCUUUGCAGAAAAAAUAAUAACUUAGCUUUCAAAAGCUAUUCAUUUUUGUCUGUAAGAAUUUGUUUUUGUAUAUAAUGAUUGCUGCAGUGCAUAUAUUGUAUAUAGUCAGGUUAAAGGUGAUGUCUUUGUUUCUAAAAUAUGAAAAGCAAAGAAGUUUACACCCAUAAAGUUUCAUCUUUAAUGGACAAGCUACACAAAACAUUUCCAAUCUUUGUUGAUGUAAAAAUGCGCAAAAAGCAAAACCAAAGCAGCCUAACAUAAAUGCGCACAAAGCAAAACCAAAGCAGCCUAACAUACUGGUUUGUGUUGCAGGAGCAGAAGAUAAAGGCUAGUGGAAAAAGCCACAGCUAAUUUUUGAACCAGCAAAAGGCCUUCAGUAGUCAAGACAAGAUAACAUUUUUCAUCACUUGAGCUCUAAGAGUAUGGCUGUUAACUAUGCUACUAAAUGCCAAUUCCUAAAUAAAGUGAUUUAGGUAAUAAACAGAUUAUUUUGAGCCACUUUAAUAUCGAGACAAUAACUGUAACAUUAGAAAGUUGUAUUAUAGAAGGUUUGUGGGUAAGACUUUGAAUUCUUUGUUCAUAGUGAUCCUUAACAGAGACUGAUUCAUUUGUGGCAAACACCACGGUUUUAACUGGUGGUAGAGCAAUCAAAGGCCAAUAAAGUAGGAAAUGUUUUUUUUUUAAAUCCUGCAAUAACAAAGCACUGCUUUCACAGCCUUACAUUUCAGUAUCCCAGUUGUGCCCAAAACUAAGUCGACGGAACUCACAUUUUAGUUAUUUUCUGCAUUAUUUCUUUUCUUGCUGAGUAGCAACCUUAAUGGGGGACAGGAACUGUUGUCACUGUUCUGUGCAAUCCCACUUGUAUCCAGUGGGAGUCAUCUGUGAGAUUUAGAUUUUCUGCCAGAGCUUCAAGGAUUCUGUUCUCUGCCUUGCUCCAUCUUAGAUAUGUCCUAAAACAUUACUUUUUCAUUGCUGCUUUGAAAGAGAUACAGGGAAUUAUUAUAGCAGUACUUGUAGUGUUGAGGUAUUCAUGGGUCAAGAGUUACUGAUUAAUAUCUUGCCCUAAACUUGAUACCUGGCACACUCCGUCUUGGCCUGGGAGCAUCUCCUAUUUAAAUCUCCUUUUCCAAAGAAAAUAUUUGUUAUUUGGUUUUAUUUUAUUUGGGUGUUUUUUUAUAUACAUAUAUAGGCAUGCUGGAGUCUCUUAUGGCUAGCAUGUCCUUGAAAUUUAUGUUGUUUGUAUGUUUACAUCAGAACUACUUUGGUUUUUAAUGUUUGUGCUUUAAUAGAUGGGUUCCUCUCCUAAAGUAAUUUCUUGUUUGCAUUCUUCCUAAAGGUUUUUUUCUGUUUGCUGAUAAAAUUGCUUUCUUUACAGGUUUCUGCAGAAUACUAUUUAAAGAGUAGUCUGCAUGUGGAUAACAGGGCUUUAUAAAAGCAGGAACAGCUGGUCUGUUAAUAUCCAUGCUAUCAAUUUUACAUAUUUGUGGAUGUUAUUCAUCAUGUUUUCAAAUUAAAAGAAGUUGCAGCAUUACCAAAUCCAUGUAAUUGAUGUUUAUCACACAACAGUCAUGCACAAAUCUGUAGAACUAAUCUCCCUGUCAUUAACCUUUUUCUGCUGUUAGCAUGCAGUGGUUAAAGACAAUUAAAGAUUUUAGUAGUAUUAUCAAAGUCUUGAAGUUUGAACUAUGCUUAUAAAAAUAUACUCAGAUUUGCUUAUCAACAUCUAGGUAUUAGUUAUCCUAUGAAUUCCCUCGUGGCCUGGUAAAAUAUCCAAUGCAUAUUAAUAUAUUUAUGAAAAUUACAAUAACUAAUAUUAAUAAGACUUCUAUGAACAGCAAUAUUUUCCUGUUAAAUUGCAGGAGGCCUAGCUUCAGUAUAGUUGUUCAACAUAAGAGCUUUUCUAUUCAUCCAACAUUUCUGUAUGAAAAUGUAAUUGCUUAUUACAUUUGCCAUGGCAUUACCGUGUAUAUUUCAAAAGAAGUCAUAUGAGAAAUUCUUGAGUACCAUUUAAGAUACCAAAUAUAUGAUUAGUUCCACAACUUUUCAUUGCAAAUACUUCAUUUUCUGUAGUUUCAUAUUGUACAUAUGGACAACAUUGUCUUGCUCUGAAUGUAUAUGUCAUGUUUACUGUUUUUCUAUAAAAGAAUGUUAAAAUUUA